AUGGCUGGACAGUUAGGAUAUCGCGAGCUCUUUCUGAAGCAGUUUACUGCUCGAAAACUCCUCUUUCAUGUUCUAUUUUGGGUAUUUCACUGGGGCAUCUUUGCCUAUGGUUGGUGGAAGCAAGCCUCGGAUGAUCGACUCGCCGGUCUCAACUCCCUCAAGUUCUCGGUUUGGAUUUCCCGUGGUGCUGGUCUCGUCCUGAGCGUUGACGGGAUGCUCAUUCUCCUCCCGGUUUGCCGCACGAUCAUGCGAUGGAUUCGUCCGAAAGUUCGAUUCCUGCCACUUGACGAAAACAUCUGGAUGCACCGACAGCUCGCCUACGCCCUGCUGGUCUUCAGCAUUGCCCACGCAGGCGCUCACUACGUCAACUUUUACAAUGUCGAAAAGACCCAGAUUCGGCCAGUCUCAGCUGUCCAGAUUCAUUACGGCCAGCCGGGUGGUAUCACCGGUCACGUCAUGCUGCUUUGCAUGAUGCUCAUGUACACCACAGCCCACUCCCGCAUCCGACAACAGUCCUUUGAGACGUUUUGGUACACGCACCAUCUCUUUAUUCCCUUUUUCUUGGCGCUGUACACCCACACUACUGGCUGUUUCGUGCGUGAUUCUGUCGACGCUUUCUCGCCGUUCGCUGGUGAACAAUACUGGACGCACUGCAUUGGCUAUCUCGGCUGGCGAUGGGAGCUCUGGACGGGCGGUUUCUAUCUCAUGGAGCGCCUAUACCGUGAGAUUCGCGCACGUCGCGAGACCAAGAUUACCCGUGUCGUACGCCAUCCAUACGACGUCGUCGAAAUCCAGUUCGCCAAACCUUCCUUCCGAUACAAGGCUGGUCAGUGGCUCUUUCUCCAGAUCCCCUCCAUCUCCAAGUACCAGUGGCACCCUUUUACCAUCACCUCGUGCCCAUUCGACCCAUACGUGUCCAUCCACGUCCGCCAAGUCGGUGACUUUACCCAAGCUCUCGGUGAUGCUCUCGGUGCCGGUAACGCGCAAGCGAAGCUGUACGACGGCGUGGACCCUAUGGGCAUGUACGAAGUCGCCCUACAAAACGGCCAGCAAAUGCCCGCAUUGCGCAUCGACGGUCCCUACGGAGCUCCCGCUGAGGACGUCUUUGAGAAUGAAAUUGCAGUCCUGAUCGGCACCGGUAUUGGUGUCACGCCGUGGGCCUCCAUCCUCAAGAACAUUUGGCAUCUGCGCAACUCGCCGAACCCACCCACGCGACUGCGCCGUGUCGAGUUCAUUUGGGUCUGCAAGGAUACGGGUUCUUUCGAGUGGUUCCAGACGCUGCUGUCCUCGCUUGAGGAGCAGUCCAACGAGGCUGCCCGACUGCCCGGCAGCAACGGCGUUGAGUUCCUCAAGAUCCACACCUACCUGACGCAGAAGCUCGACAUGGACACGACGCAAAACAUUGUCCUCAACAGCGUCGGUGCCAACGCCGAUCCCCUCACUGAGCUCAAAGCCCGUACACAGUUUGGUCGCCCGGACUUCCGUCGUCUGUUUACCACCAUGCGCGACGGUAUCCUCGAUCGUUCCUACAUUAAUGGCCUGGAGGGAAGCAUGCGCAGCACUGUGGGUGUUUACUUUUGCGGACCGUCUGCAGCUGCUCGCGACAUUAAGGCUGCCUGCAAGAGCGCUACGGCCCGCGAAGUCCAGUUCCGUUUCUGGAAGGAACACUUUUAA